AUGAAUGGAGGUGCAUUUUGGAGCGUAUAUUGGGGUUGUCCGGAAAACAACACUGACUUCUCGGAUGAGACAUAUGCUCCCAUCGUGCAGGAUACUCUGCAUCAAAUUGACGUGAUUACACGGCUCAAGGAAGCUUACCCGGAGACUUUCUCGCCAAUGGUGAACAGCAGCGACGCCCUUGCCGCAUUCAAGAAGGGGCAGCUGAUCUCACCCCUGGGCAUCGAGGGUCUUCACCAAAUCGGAAACUCGGCUACGAACCUGCGCUCAUACUACGCCCUCGGUGUGCGAUAUGCCACACUCACACACAAUUGCCCCAACAAGUACGCCGAUUCGGCAAUCUGGGGUGGACCGACCCGUAAAGCUCCUUCGUACUGGGGCGGCGUCAGCCCGGACGGCCGCAAGCUCAUCAAGGAGAUGAACCGCAUCGGCAUGAUUGUUGACCUGUCGCACACGAGUGACGAGACUCAAAUCGACGUGCUCGGUGGCUCAGAAGGUGCAUGGGAGGGCAGCAAAGCACCCGUCAUCUACAGUCACAGCUCAGCAUGGAGUCUCUGCCCUCACCCUCGAAACGUGAAGGACAGCGUGUUGCGCCUUGUCAAGGCACGGAAGUCGCUAGUCAUGGUCAACUUUGCGCCCGACUUUGUCUCUUGCGUUGCGUCUGAUAAUGAGAAUGGCAUGCCAGAUUUCUACCCGGCCAAUUCGACGCUCGAGCACGUUGCGGACCACGUCAUCCACAUCGGCAAUCUGAUCGGAUUCGAUUAUGUUGGCUUCGGCAGUGACUUUGAUGGUAUUCCUACCACCCCUGAUGGACUGGACGACGUCUCCAAGUACCCAGACUUAGUGGCCGAGCUACUGAAACGGGGCGUGAGUGAUGAGGACGCUGCUAAGGUAGUGGGCGGAAACCUUCUUCGAGUCUGGAAAGAUGUCGAUGCGAUUGCUUUAGAGCUGCAAGCAAAGGGCGAGCCACCAUUGGAAGAUGAUCUCCCGCCACUCAAGUUUGACGAGAUUGCGGACUAA